UGUUUUCCUCUUUAUACAAACACUUGAGACUUAAAUUUCUGUCAUCGUGCCAAGCCGAGGCAACUCUUUGCAGCAUGUCAUAGCAUAAAACGAAAACCCGCGGCAGCGCAAAAUUUUUAGAAGUUGCGGGUGAAAGAACAAAAAAAAAAUCCCCGACCCAUUUCUCUCUCGCGGUCUCCCUCGAUUCUAAAGAGAUCCAACUCUCCAAAUAUUUAUAACUGGAUCGACAAUGGCGCAGCCCCUCCUCCGCCUUCUCUCCGCUCUCCUCCUCCUCUCUCUCGCGUCUUCCCUUCGCUUCGAUCUGCAAUCGGGCUCCCCCAAAUGCAUCUCCGAGGACAUCAAGAUGAACGCCAUGGCCGUCGGCAAGUACUUCGUCGUCAACCCCAACGAAGGCUACCCCCUCCCCGAUUCCCACAGAGUCAGCGUCAGGGUGACGUCACCGUAUGGGAAUAGCGUACAUCAUGCCGAUAACGCGGAAUCUGGAAACUUUGCGUUUACUUCGUCUGAGGCUGGGGAUUAUCUGGCUUGCUUCUGGACGCCGGAUCACAAGCCGCCGCAGAUGAUGACCGUGGAAUUUGAAUGGAGGACUGGGGUUACUGCUAAGGACUGGCCGAGUGUUGCGAAGAAAGGGCAGAUCGAUGUAAUGGAGCUGGAGUUGAAAAAAUUGGAGGAUAUUGUCACGUCAAUCCAUGAUGAAAUGUUUUAUCUUCGAGAAAGGGAGGAGGAAAUGCAAGAUAUGAACAGAGCAACCAACUCUAAAAUGGCCUGGUUCAGUUUUAUGUCACUCGGAGUGUGCUUAUCUGUGGCCGGGUUGCAGUUAUGGCAUUUGAAGAACUACUUUGAGAGGAAGAAGCUCCUUUGAAUCCAGUUAUCGAUGUCCCUUUCUUUUUUUUUAGGAAUAGGCUUCGCGAGGUCUGUCUAAUGCAUUGAUUUGUCUUGGCAUGCGGAGGCUGUAAGCUUAUUGUGUCCUUGGUUGGGAUUUUCACCAAACAGUACCUUCAAAAGCUGCACACUGGAUAAAUUGGACAUUUCCAGAUUUAUGCACACUUUUGUAGCUCUAGCAAUAGGUAGAGAGUUUUCUUCGCUUUUGACAUGCAAUUUUCUAAAAUUGUUAUUAU